AUGGCUCAAGAGAAUUUAGGCAUCUGUAGAUACCCCAUGGAAGGCGGUGAUGGCCCAUACAGCUACACUCAAAAUUCCGAGUACCAGAAACAAUCUGUGGAUUCAGCUAAGCAACUGACCAAUGAACUGAUUGAUCAGCUUCUUGAUGUUGGAAACCAUCCAUACUCUUUCAGUAACUCAUAUCGAGUUGCAGAUUUUGGAUGUUCAGUCGGUCCUAACACGUUCUGUGCAGUGCAUAACAUCAUUGAAGCUGUUGAAAACAAAUACAAAUCCCAAAAGAUGGAAUCACGCAUGCCAGAAUUCCAUGUCUUCUUUAACGAUCACGUUGGCAAUGAUUUUAACACACUCUUCAGAAACAUUCCUGCUACUGGACGCUACCUUGCAGCAGGUGUUCCGGGUUCUUUUCACGGGCGCCUACUUCCUAGUUCUACGCUACAUUUUGCACACUGCUCCACCGCGCUUCACUGGAUCUCUAAGAUCCCAAAAGAAGUGACGGAUAAGAACUCCCCCGCAUGGAACAAGGGCAGAAUCCAUUAUGCCGGAGCUGCUAAAGAAGUUAAAGAUGCAUAUUCAACUCAGUUUGCAAAAGAUUUUGAUUCUUUCCUGAGCGCGAGAGCACAGGAGCUCGUUCCAGGAGGAUUGAUGGUGCUUGUAUCACUUGGAUUCCCGGAUGGAGUCCAGGGAAUCAUCACUCAAGAGAUGGUGGAUUCAUUUAACUUGCCGUUUUAUUAUCCAUCGCCAUCGGAACUGAAGUCACUGAUUGAGGUAAACGGAUUGUUUGAGAUUAAGAAAAUAGAGAAGUUGGUCUCCCCAACAAGACAAGUAAAGCCGGACGACCUUGCUGUCUGCGUCCUUCACCUUAGAGCUAUCCUAGGGGAACUCAUCAAGGAACAUUUUGGUGAAGGGAUAACGGACAUCUUGUUCAAACGUCACACGAACAAGUAUGUCGAGAGUCCUGUUGUGUCUGAUGGGAGGUAUUUUAAAGAGACUAGCUAUUUUGUCUUUCUCAAGCGGAAAAUGAAUUGUGCAUCCUAG